GACGGCGGCGGGUGCGGGCGCUCGGCCCUGAGCGUGUCGGUGUGCUGACAGCGCCCGUGCGGCGCCGAGCGCGGAGCCAUGCCCUUCUGGGACCUGCAGCGGCAGCUGGGCAUCGACGUGGACCGGUGGCUGGUGCGGCAGAGCAUGCCGCAGCCCUACGGCAUCGCCGGCUCCUGCCACGCCUUCGAGCGCGAGUGGAUAGAGUGCGGGCACGGCCUGGGCCAGACCCGCGCCCGCCGCGAGUGCCAGCCCGAGUACGAGGACUUCAUGGAGUGCAUGCACCGCACCAAGCUGGCUAUGAGGCUGAAAACCAUCCUGGCCCAGAGGGACAAGCUGAUCAAGGAAGGGAAGUACACUCCUCCUGACUACCACAAGGGCAAGGAGGAGCCACGGCCUUGAAUCCUGAGGAGGUGGCCAGCAGUCACCUGUGGAGCCAUGGUGGGAGACUCCUCUGGGAAGAAAACCAAGGACACAGCUGCAUUGUGCUGGAGCUCUAGGGGGCACUCUGCAUUGGAGCCCUGCCCCUGCUGAAGGGGUUGACACCACUUUGGGCAUCACUUGAACAAGUAAAUGUCUCCUUUGCA